UCUGAGAAACUCGAUCCACUGGCUUUGGGAGUCAAUUGUGUCAACAAAGCACUUUAAUUACAUUUUUGCUGCGACGACGGAAGAGCUGCAGAACUCUUCUUUAGUUGUUGCUGAUCUCUCCGACUGGACGGACACGACGACUACAAGUGGAAAAUCUCACUCCCGUCUUCUUUUUUUUUUGUUUUUGUGAAUGGUUGUUUUGUGAAUAAAUUAGCAUGAAAUUGCUUCUUGUGCUUCUGUGCUUCGUCGCAGUGAUCCUCAGUGGAUGCGAAGCACGCCCUAAGGCGCACAGGCGCGAUCGAAUCCUGUCCAGGAGCCACAUUCACGCUCGCAAAGCACCAACUUGUGGCUAUGAGAGCUGCCCAAAACUCGAUCCCAAUCGGAUCAACGUCCACAUAGUUCCUCACACCCAUGACGAUGUGGGAUGGCUCAAGACAGUGGAUCAAUACUACUACGGCAGUCAGACAUUGAUCCAGAAGGCCGGUGUCCAGUACAUUCUGGACUCGGUCAUUCAGGCUCUCCUGGCUGAUCCCAAUCGCCGUUUUAUCUAUGUGGAAUCGGCCUUUUUCUUCAAAUGGUGGAACGAACAAACAAAUGAUCUGCAGGAAAAAGUGCGACAACUUGUGGAAGAGGGUCGUCUGGAGUUCAUUGGUGGUGCCUGGAGUAUGAAUGAUGAGGCUGUUGUGCACUAUCAAUCCGUCAUCGAUCAGUUUACUUAUGGAUUGAGACGACUCAAUGACACCUUUGGCAAAUGCGCUAGACCACGCGUCGGCUGGCAAAUUGAUCCAUUUGGCCACACACGAGAACAAGCAUCGCUAUUUGCGCAGAUGGGCUUCGAUGGCAUGUUCUUCGGACGUCUCGACUAUCAAGAUAAGACGACACGCUUGAACAAGAGAGAGGCAGAAAUGAUCUGGCGAGGAAGUGCAAAUCUGGGAGAGGUCUCCGAUCUCUUUACUGGAGUUCUCUUUAACAACUACGGACCUCCACCUGGAUUCUGCUUUGACAUCCUUUGCGCAGAUGAACCAAUGAUUGAUGACCGUCGUAGUCGAGAUUACAAUAUUGAUAGAAGGUUGAGAACCUUCUUCGAGUACAUUGAACGCCAAUCAAUGAAUUAUCGCACCAAUAACGUUAUUACAACGUUUGGAGGAGAUUUCACUUACAUGGAUGCUAACGUAUACUUUAAAAAUUUGGAUAAGCUUAUCAGGUACGCCAACGAAGCCCAGCAAAAUGGAUCAAACUUCAACCUGGUAUACUCUACGCCAAGUUGCUACUUGAAGGCUCUUCAUGAUGCCCACAUAACCUGGCCAACCAAGACUGAUGACUUCAUCCCGUACGCUUCGGAUCCUCAUGCUUUCUGGACGGGGUACUACACGUCCAAGCCUGCUCUGAAGCGCCUCGAACGAAUGGGAAAUAACUUCUUCCAAAUCUGCAAGCAGCUGACUUCUCUAGCUCCGGAAAAGGAAGAUAAAUCCCUGAGAUCUCACUUGGACUACAUGAGUGAGGUCAUGGGAGUCUUGCAGCAUCACGAUGCGAUUACGGGGACUUCAAAGGAACAUGUGACACAAGACUAUACCGUACAGAUCACAGCGGCCCUGAAAGCUUGUUCAUACUCAGCUAAGAUCAUCCUGAACCAACUCACAAAGCGUCAAACGAAUAAGGAUAAACCGGUUGUAACUGAACCUCCUCAGCCAUCUGCCCGGUACCAUGAUCAAGCUACCCAACCGCAACCGACCUUCACUUUCGACUUCGACAGCUGUCUCCUGCUCAAUGUGUCUGCCUGUGAUAUCUCCGAAACCAAGGACAAGUUCAUGGUUACCGUAUACAAUGCUCUCGCCCAUUCCGUCUUCCACUAUAUCCGCGUUCCCGUUGAUGGAAACUUCGAAUACGAAGUCACUGACUACCGAUCAGUUCCUAUCACUCAUCAAAUCAUCUCAGUUCCUCCUCAAGUCACAGCUCUUCACCCAAUUCAAGCAUCAGGCUAUGAAUUAGUUUUCUUAGCCACUGAACUUCCACCAGUUGGAUACAAGUCCUUCUUCAUCACUCGCAAACCUGCUCGUCAUGUCAAUGCUCCACGCUUCCGCUUCAAGGACGUUCCCGAAGUUGUUCUGAUGCAGAACGAUGAGAAAAUGGCUUCUGAUGAUACACAAAGACCACCAUGGAACAGUAACGUGGUCUCCAUUGGAAAUAAAUAUUUCAGCAUUGGCUUUGACUCCAAAGGCUUCCUCAACAGCAUUGCACUGGACGAUGGGUCCGAACACAAACUGAGUCAGACCUUCUUCUACUACGAAGGGGCUGUUGGGGACAAUCGCGUAUUCAAGAACCGUAGUUCUGGGGCCUAUAUCUUCAGACCUAACAGUACUGAGAGAUUUGUAGCGAAUCAAGUACAAACGAAGGUGAUCAAGGGGCCAGUUGUCGAAGAAGUUCAUCAGACUUUCAACGAUUGGAUCAGUCAGGUUAUUCGAGUUUAUCAUGACUACAACUUUGUGGAAUUCGAAUGGCUCGUAGGACCCAUUCCAGUGGACGACAACGUUGGAAAGGAAGUGGUAUCGCGGUUUAUGACUGACAUUAAGAGUUCCAAUGUAUUCUAUACGGAUUCAAACGGUAGAGAAAUGAUACGUCGUGUGCGAGAUCACAGGGAAACCUGGAACUUAAAUCUUGAGGAACAAGUUGCUGGGAAUUACUAUCCAGUCACUACAAAUAUCGCUGUUGAGGAUCAAGAACGUCGACUUUCAGUCAUGACAGAUCGUGCUCAGGGAGGAAGCAGUCUUCAAGAUGGAGCUGUUGAACUUAUGGUUCACAGAAGACUGCUUCACGAUGAUGCUUUCGGUGUGGCUGAGGCCCUCAACCAUACCCAUGCGAUCAGAGGAAAGCACUUCUUGAUCUUCGGGAAGUUGAAUGGAGCUGUACCAACAAUGGCAGCCAGGGAGAGGUUCCUCCAGGCUGAGAAACUCCUCUCACCUUGGCUUUUCUUUAGUGACGUCUCUUCGUACGAAUACGAAGACUGGCGCAAGACCUACAGCCAUCUCUAUUCUGGAGUAGCCUUGUCUUUGCCUCAGAACGUCAAACUCUUGACUCUUGAGCCUUGGAAGGAUCUCAGCUUCCUCAUGCGUUUCGAACAUAUUUUGGAACAAAAUGAUGACCCUGAAUACUCCAAAUCCGUAACGUUCAACUUCAAAGACGUUUUCGGAAGUAUCUUCGACAUCAAUCACCUUGAAGAAAUGACCUUGGAUGGGAAUCAAUUGCUAGAGGAAUCACUUCAAAAUCGUUUCAAGUUCAAGCCUGAGUACAACGGCUUCACAUUUACGAAUGAGAUUGUUAAACGUAAACGCGAAACAGCCACCGAAAAUCCUAAUGUCAAGGGUGUUACGAUCAUCGAUGAAGGCACUCCUUCAGAUGAUCCUGUUAAGGAACUUCCAGAUGACUCUGCCAAAUGGGAUAUUACGUUAGAACCCAUGCAGAUCCGUACCUUUAUCCUCUUCGUCAAUCCUUCGAUUUACGAUAAAUAAGCAGGGACUUUUGGGUUCGUUUUGUACGCUAAGUCAGACUAAGUGUUCUCAAAUUUCCAUUUUUUUUAAGGGAAAACAAUAUUAGAUUAAAUACUUGAGGGUCUAUGGGGUAAUUCGAAAUCAUACCUAUUUUGGAAUUUUGAGAUCUUCUCACUGUUUUAGAUAUAAGGAGAAGAAGAAAACCAUGAAGAAGUUCAGGACUUUCCAUUCGAGAGUUCUUCUUCGUUGUUUUUUUCCUAUUGCCAUCUAAACUUAUAUGAAACCUCAAAGUUCCGAAUUAGACAUGAUUCCAAAUUACUCCAUCUUAUCCUACUCUUGAAACAAAAAGCAACUUUUAUCGAAUUUUUUAAAAGAUUGAGACUGCAAAAAUAUUUUACAUAGCUCUCUCCGAUAUCUGGCACUUCGAUAUCCGACUGACAGCUGCCAAACACUGAUGGUUGAUGAAUUCAAACUUUUUUUUUUUUUACUAAGUAUGCAGUUUGUCCAGCAUGAAUUAAAAUGUUAUUUUCACUUUAUCAAAGUCUUUGAUAUAGCAAGGUGCGGUAACCGGAUUGUUUUCUGUAGAGUGCAAUUUAAACGCUUGCUUUUGGACUGAUGAAAUUCUUUUUUACUUCUUCUAAAUCCAUAGAAUUAUUCACUGUUUCAUUUAGAAAUAUAAUAAUAUAAAAGAAAUUAUCAAAAAUAUUAAAUAAAAUUUAUAAAACAGUAAAUUUACUGAAAUAAGUUAGCGUUCAUUAAGUGGAUCGCCUCUUCGCUAAUUGGGUCAAAUGGUUUCUUAAUUGAAUCACUCAAUUUACAAGCUUAUUAAAAAGAGAAAAUAAUUCCUUAUUACAUUUUUAAAAUUUUUAUUGGACUAUUCCAUUUAAUAUUUAAUGUGAAAGGCAAUCUUUGGUGUAAUAUCAGUUUUAUGAAAAACCAUUCGAAGAAUAAGUUGGUCAGUAACCAUGAAGAGUGUUGUGGCACAUUCCUUCGGUCUAGAAUUUUUCAGACCUGGCACAACACGUAAACCUUUUCUGGCCAAUACAUUUCCAUAUUCUGGUGUCAAGAAAAAGACAAACGAAGCGCCCAUUUUAGAGCAAUAUGCAAAAAGCCACAAAUUCACUAAUUUCUUUAUAAAAUAUUAUUAUGUCAUGAAAAUCGAUUUACUCACCUUGUAGGGGUAUGAUUGCACUUCACUUUUAAUUAAACCAUUUGAUUUAAAAGACUUUUUCACAAGGAAAAAACAACAAAUGUUUUCAAUCAACCAGCUGUCAUUAGCAAAAAUAUCAUUAACCAGAAAACUUUUAGUGCAGAAUCCAGCUGACACAAGUUUGAAAUGAGUCGAUUACACUCACUUAUUUAAUGGAUAAAAAUAUUAUUUUUGCUUUUUCUCAAAGUUGAAUAGUUAUAAUAUGUUACUGUAGUGACUAUAUUACGGAAAUAAAAAAAAAAUAUUUUAAGUGGAUUAUCUAGUUAGCGUAGUCAUAACGAUCCACAUAGCGAAGCGUCAGGAUUAGCGCACUUUACUAUAUUUAAUUGUGGUACAAAAUGAAAAUAAGCGCACCACAGAGAAAAUUCUGUUGCUUUUCGUCAGAAAAUAAAUUCACACACCGCAAAAUAGAAAAACCGUUGACCAGAUUCAAAAAACCCAAAUGUCAUUUUGUCCCCCCGUCAGUCGGAUAUCGGAGAGAGCUGUGUAUAAAAAAAAAAAGCAAGACAGAGUUGUCAAAUUAAAAUGUUGCUGAGAUUGUCUGGAAUAUCAAUCACGACGAAAUUGAGAAUAGUUUCCAUGACAUUGAGAACAGUUCCGGCGAAUUUGAGAACAGUGCCGGCGAAAUUGAGAACAUUUCCGGCGAAAUUAAGAACAAUUCCAACAAAAAGUGGGAAAUUGGGAACACCUUUAGCGUAUAUACGAUCAUAGUGAUAAAUUUGAGCAAAUUGGAGCAAUAAGAAAGAUUCUUCAGUGGGAUUGACUCUUCGAUGAUCUUUUUAUUUUAAAUUAUAUUUUUCUUUUAUACAAAAUAAUAACGUCCAAUAAAGAAUAUCUCCAAUAACUCAAAA